AUGUUGGCUGUGCUCCCGUUGCUGGCGCUAAAUAUAUCGCGCAGGAAGAGGUUAUACCCUCUGAUUUUGCCCAAGCUCUGGCUCAACACAUCAGAGGAAAAUGAGAAAAAAGCUAAGAAGCUGAAAACCCUUGCAGAAAAGGGCUGCUGCGACAUCAACAACGUCCUGGAAAUAAGACGUAGGCCCAAAAUGGCAGCACAACCAGAUCCCCACUAUUCCUCCUCCGAUGGAGAUCUCCUCAAUGCUCCCAACAAAAUACAUCAAACAGAGGGCCUAAUCUCUUCUCACCAAGAGAAAGGCUUGUCAUCUCCAACCACCAAUGGGGAGAUUAAGGCACAACAUCUGAGCCUUCUUUAAUACAGACGUGGACAUAAUCCAUGAGAACAUCUCUGUGGUUACUGCCAGAGUACAAGCCAAAGAGGACAACAUCUCCUCCAUACAGCAAAAGCAGACAGGCACCAAUGAACUGGUACUACAACUCCAGGCAUCCCACAAAGCCAUGCAGGUCAGAAUUAACACCUUGGAUGAUGCACAGAAACGCAAUAACCUAAACAUUAUAAUUAUUACUGAAUCCAUAGACGAGCAUGAAUUGCCUCACUUACUAAAACGCCUAUUUACUACUUUUUUGCCCCAACUCUUCGCAUAG